CAGCUAUGUAACGUUUUUCGAUCCCAUGAAAUGGAAAUUGACCAGUGUUUGCUGGAGUCCCUUCCCCUUGGGCAACGGCAGCGGCUGGUGAAACGCAUGCGCUGUGAACAGAUCAAAGCCUACUAUGAACGAGAAAAGGCUUUUCAGAAGCAAGAAGGGUUCCUGAAGAAGCUGAAGCAUGGGAAGAAUCAGAAGGUUCACUUUAACCUUGCUGACAUGAUACAGGAUGCAAUUAUCCACCACGAUGACAAAGAAGCGCUUCGACUCCUGAAGGAGGGGGCUGACCCACACACUCCCGUUUCCUCAGGAGGGUCCCUGCUCCAUCUGUGUGCUCGGUAUGAUAAUGCCUUCAUUGCAGAGAUCUUGAUUGACAGAGGGGUCAAUGUCAACCACCAGGAUGAAGACUUUUGGACACCAAUGCACAUUGCUUGUGCGUGUGAUAACCCUGACAUUGUCCUGCUGCUUGUAUUAGCUGGAGCCAAUGUCCUUCUGCAGGAUGUCAAUGGAAAUAUCCCAUUGGACUAUGCCGUAGAAGGGACGGAAUCGAGCUCUAUCCUAUUGGCCUAUCUGGAUGAAAAUGGAGUGGAUCUGACCUCACUGCGCCAGAUGAAACUUCAGAGGCCAAUGAGCAUGUUAACCGACGUCAAACACUUCUUAUCGUGUGGAGGAAAUGUUAACGAGAAAAAUGAUGAAGGAGUGACUCUGUUGCAUAUGGCGUGUGCAAGUGGCUACAAGGAGGUGGUAUCUCUUCUCCUGGAACAUGGUGGAGAUCUCAACAUAGUAGAUAAUCAGUACUGGACCCCACUCCAUUUGGCAGCAAAGUAUGGCCAGACAAACCUGGUGAAACUUCUUUUGAUGCAUCAGGCAAAUCCGAACCUUCUGAACUGCAAUGAAGAGAAGGCCUCAGAUAUCGCUGCAUCUGAGUAUAUUGAGGAAAUGCUGCUGAAAGCCGAAAUUGCCUGGGAAGAAAAAAUGAAGGAGCCUUUAUCGGUUCCUGCCUUAGCACAGGAGGAGGAGCCGUAUGAAGAGAUUGUUCGUGACCUCCCAGCGCUUUCCUGUAAGCUCGGUCCACUGGCGUUGCCAAUUGCCAAGCAAGACAGUUUGUUGGAAAAAGAUAUUAUGUUCAAAGAUGCAACAAAAGGUCUGUGCAAGAGACAAUCUCAGGACAACACCCCUGAAAGCACCACCAUGAUUGGCCCCACCAAACUUGAGCAGGUCAAGCUAAUGCCUCCCGCUCCAAAUGAUGACCUAGCAACGCUCAGUGAGCUCAACGAUGGCAGCCUGCUUUAUGAAAUUCAGAAGCGCUUUGGGAACAAUCAGAUAUACACUUUUAUUGGGGAUAUCCUCUUGCUUGUUAACCCAUUCAAAGAGCUUCCAAUUUAUUCUACUAUGGUCUCCCAGCUGUACCUCAGCAGCACCGGGCAGCCGAGCGCCUCUCUGCCACCUCACAUCUUCUCCUGCGCCGAGAGAGCCUUUCACCAACUUUACCAGGAGCAGCGACCCCAGUGCUUUAUCCUCAGUGGAGAGAGAGGAUCUGGAAAGUCUGAAGCCAGCAAACAAAUAAUCAGGCACCUCGCCUGCAGAUCAGGCUCCAGCAGGCCUAUAUUUGAUUCCAAAUUUAAACAUGUCAUGUGCAUCUUGGAAGCCUUCGGACAUGCCAAGACGACUCUUAAUGAUCUGUCCAGUUGCUUCAUAAAGUAUUUUGAACUCCAAUUCUGCGAGAGGAAAAAACACUUAACUGGAGCCAGAAUUUAUACAUACAUGCUAGAGAAGUCCCGACUUGUUUCACAACCUCUUGGCCAGAGCAAUUUUCUCAUUUUCUACUUGAUGAUGGAUGGGUUGUCCGCUGAAGAAAAAUAUGGACUUCACCUUAAUAAUUUAUGCGCACACCGGUAUUUGAACCAGACCCUACGAGAAGAUCUGUCAACAGCAGAGCAUUCUCUGAACAGGGAGAAAUUCACUGUUUUGAAACAAGCUCUGAAUGUAGUUGGCUUCAGUAACUUGGAGGUGGAGAAUCUGUUUGUGAUUCUAGCAGCCAUAUUACACAUCGGAGACAUUCGGUUCACCUCUCUGACUGAGGCAGACUCCGCGUUCGUCUCUGACCUCCAGCUUCUGGAACAAGUGGCUGGAUGGUUACAAGUAUCAACUGAUGAAUUGGUGUCUGCUUUGACAACUGAUAUCCAAUAUUUUAAAGGAGACACGAUCAUUCGGCGACAUACUAUAGAGAUGGCUGAAUUUUACCGGGAUCUCCUGGCCAAGUCCCUGUACAGUCGUUUGUUUAGCUUUUUGGUGAAUACCAUGAAUUGCUGCCUCCACGGUCAAGACGAGCACAGCAGCACGCAGACCUGGGAUAUUGGAAUAUUGGACAUCUUUGGUUUUGAAGAAUUUCAAAAGAAUGAGUUUGAACAACUUUGUGUCAACAUGACCAAUGAGAAGAUGCACCAUUAUAUCAAUGAAGUGCUUUUUCUACAGGAGCAAACAGAAUGUGUACAAGAGGGAGUUACCAUGGAAACAGCUUAUUCUCCUGGUAACCAGACUGGAGUUUUGGAGUUUUUUUUCCAGAAGCCAUCUGGAUUUCUCUCUCUGUUGGAUGAAGAAAGUCAAAUGAUUUGGUCAGUGGAACCAGAUCUUCCCCAAAAGCUCCAGAGUCUCUUAGAAUCCUCCAACACCAAUGCAGUGUACUCCCCCGUGAAGGACGGCAACGGGAACGUGACCCGCAAAGAUGAAGGCACAGCGUUCACUAUUAUGCACUAUGCAGGAAGGGUAACGUAUGAAAUUGCUAGAGCAAUUGAAAAAAAUAAGGACUCCCUUUCACAGAAUCUUCUGUUUGUAAUGAAAACUAGUGAAAACGUCGUGAUCAAUCAUUUGUUCCAGUCGAAACUGUCACAAACAGGAUCCCUCGUAUCUUCCUAUCCUUCUUUUAAAUUCAGAGGACAUAAGUCUGCCCUGCUCAGUAAGAAAAUGACAGCUUCUUCAAUGAUUGGAGAAAACAGGAAUUACCUAGAACUUAGCAAGUUAUUAAAAAAGAAAGGAACUUCCACAUUUCUUCAAAGACUAGAACGGGGAGCUCCAGUCACCAUUGCAUCGCAGCUCAGGAAAUCUCUGACGGAUAUCACUGGAAAACUUGAGAUGUGCACUCCACACUUUAUUCAUUGCAUCAAGCCCAAUAACUCCAAGCUGCCAGAAACCUUUGAUAAUUUUUAUGUGUCUGCUCAGCUACAAUAUAUCGGGGUCCUGGAGAUGGUGAAAAUCAUCCGGUAUGGAUACCCUGUUCGGCUUUCCUUCUCGGAUUUUCUGUCAAGGUAUAAGCCAUUGGCCAGUACACUCCCAGGCGAGAAGAAGAAGCUGUCUGCUGAGGAGAAAUGUCGCCGUGUUCUGCAGCAGUGUAAAUUACAAGGCUGGCAGAUGGGCGUCCGAAAAGUGUUUCUAAAAUACUGGCAUGCCGGCCAGCUCAAUGAUUUGUGCCUGCAGCUGCAGAGAAAAAUUAUCACCUGCCAAAAAGUUAUAAGAGGAUUUCUAGCACGCCAGCACUUGCUUCAGAAAAGGAGCAUCAGACAGCAAGAGGUCACGUCCAUCAACAGCUUUCUGCAGAUUACAGAGGACAUGGGGCUGAAGACCUAUGAUGCCCUGGUCAUUCAAAAUGCUUCGGACAUUGCCCGCGAAAAUGACCGGCUCAGGAACGAAAUGAAUGCUAUUUACCACAAAGAGAAGUUGGAGGCCAGAAACAAGCCAGAGGAAGGAACCAAAAGAGCUGAAGACAAAGGUGGAACCAGGCAUUUCCACUGCAGCUCCGUUCCAGUCCCCAUGGCGGUGGACAGCCUGGUCCAGUCCCUGGCUGGCCCAUCCACCCGGUCUCCUUCUCUGCACUCGGUGUUCAGCCUGGAUGACAUCGGUGGCCUCCCGUCACCACGGAAACAGCCUCCACCCAAGCCAAAGAGGGACCCCACCACGCGGCUGAGCGCCUCCUAUGAGGCUGUGAGUGCCUGCCUGUGGGCUGCAGCCAGGGAAUCCGCAAAUGAAGUUCUCACCCGGCCCCGACCGCACAGUGAUGACUACAGCACCAUGAAAAAGAUUCCUCCUCGGAAGCCCAAACGAAGCCCCCACACCAAGCUCAGCGGCUCCUCGGAGGAGAUCUCGGGCGGCCGGCCGGGGGCAGCGGGGGGCGCGGGCGCGCGGCACAGAGGCGGCCCGCAGCGCGCCCCAGGGGCUGUGCCGGGGGUCCCCGCGCCGCCCGCGCCGGCGCCCGAGCCCGAGCCCGUCUACAUCGAGAUGGUGGGCCGCGCCGGCAGCCCCGAGCAGGCCGAGGCCGUGUACGAGGAGAUGAAGUACUUCGUGCCCCUCGAGGACGGCGGCAGCCGGGCGGUGGGCGCCUCGGCGUCCGCGUCGCCCCCUCUGCUGGGCGACGGUCGGAGCCCCAGCUCCCUGGAGGACGGCGAUGCGAGCGGCCAGGCGCCCGGGCCCUGCAGGGACGCGUGCGACAUUCCCGCCCCCUUCCCCAACCUGCUGCCUCACCGGCCCCCGCUCCUGGUCUUCCCUCCCACCCCGCUUACCUGCUCCCCUGCCUCCGACGAGUCGCCCCUGACGCCGCUGGAGGUGAAGAAGCUGCCCGUCCUGGAAACCAACCUCAAGUACCCCGUGCCGUCCGAAGGCGCGAGCCCUCUGUCGCCGCAGUAUUGCAAAAACCAAAAAGGGGACGCAGCAGACAGGCCCGCGUCCCCCGGCCUCCCGGUCUUGAACGGGGCCCCCAGGCUCUCGCCGCCGCCCACGCCGCCGCCCGCACACUUCCCCUUCCCGGCCGAGCCCGGUGCGCCCGGCCCGGGGACGGCUGCCGCCAGCCCCGAGCUGCCCAAGGGGCAGCAAAAGCCGAACUCCGCUCCGGCCGCGGGGCCCUGCGGCUCCUUCUCCAAGAUUCCUUACUCCCCCGGCAAGGCAGCUAGAGCCGACCACAGAAAGGCCAACUCCAACUCGUCCUCUCCGGUGCCCUACAGCCCCCCAAACUCCAGACGUCUUGGCAGUCCUCUGGACGAGCUCACCAGUCUCUUCAACUCCGGUAGGAGCGUGCUUCGGAAGUCUGCGGCGGGAAGGAGAAUCAGGGAACCCGAAGGUUUUGAAACUAACAUGAACUUAACUACCCGAGAGGAUCCUGGUACAUCAGGAAUUGCAUCAGAGACUCAGGAUAGAAAUGCAAAUAACCACGGAAUUCAAUUAUCUAAUUCACUCUCUAGUGCCAUCACUGCUGAAAAUGGAAAUUCCAUCUCAAAUGGUUUGCCUGAAGAGGAUGGAUUCUCCAGGUUGUCUGUGAGUGGCACAGCGACCUCAUCAUUUCAGAGACAGAGUCACACCACUCAGGUAAUCCAUCAGCUGAGGCUCUCAGAGAAUGAAAGUGUGGCCCUGCAGGAGCUCCUGGACUGGAGGCGGAAGCUCUGUGAAGAGAGAGGAGACUGGCAGCAAAUCCUGCACCACCCGGAGCCCAGGGCGCCUCCCCCACCUCCUUGCAAGAAGCCGACUCUUCUGAAGAAGCCCGAGGGGGCCUCCUGCAGCCGGCUGCCGUCUGAGUUCUGGGACAAUACCAUUUGACGUGGCCCGGCCUGCAGACUCGCAGAAUAGAACUGCAUAGUGAUUCCACGCUGCAUCGACAGAAGGCUGCCUCUGAUACAUGCUGGGUGCUCUCUCCACACAUUUACAUGAACAAGUACAGGACAGCGAAGUUAAAUACACGAGAUUCCGUGUGUGCGUGUGUGUGUGUGUGUGCACGCGUGUGUGCUCUUUCUUACCCUUUCUGUGGGGACACACUCUGAUUUUCAGAUUCCGUGGUUAAAGGACCAUUCUACCCCUAGGGAGCAAGAGAAAGGCUAGGAAAAGUGUGGGAUGAGGGGAGAGAAGGAGGGAGACAGGUGGAGGAGGCAGGGGAAGCCACACUGUACGGUGUUUGUAUGUGGUCCCACCACGUGUUUAUUGUACUCUGGCCAUUUUAGUAUGAUACACGCCACAGGAUGGAUGUUGUAUGUCUUUGUAGGUGUGUAUGUUUUAUUGGAAUUGCAAACUUGGUCAUUACUUACAUGUUUAUUACUGUAUUUUAUAACUUUAUGCAAUUGGUGGUGCUCCCUUUCUUCAAAAUACAGAUUUUAAAAAAUCAUUUCUACAGUUUUUUCCCCUCCACACACUUUUUUUUUUAACCUAAAGUACUUAAAACUCUUGAGACUAUGUUGUUGUUUUAGCUUCGCCGGUGUCAGCCCUGCAAACGUGUGGACCGAGUCCCAUGUUUCUAUUUCAUUCAUUGAGUCGGAGGCAGUUCCUUCCUAUGCCCUGUAUUUCUGGAUACGUGGAUUGUGAGCUCUUUAGUUAAACCUCAUCUCCGACUUCAGCAUGGGUUACAGGAAAUUACGUGGCAUUCACUUAAACGCAUAUGGCUUCAAAUUCAUAGCUGGUGGUAUGAAAGGAUCAUAUCCAUUCAAAGGUCUACACAGUACAAAUAAGCACGCUCAGAUUUACCGGUUCCAGCAGCAAUGCUGCAUCCCAAGAUGCUCAUCUUCUCAGAGUUCCACUGCAUGGCUCACCUGCUCUAUAUCCUCAACUCUCCUGUAAUGCAACUGCCUUGUUUAUUGAUGUGCUUCUCUUGGCUGUCGGGACGUUCUGAGCUGUGGCAUCAGAC